CCUCGCCCGCCGGGGAACGGCGCUCACUCGCGGAGCGGGCCUCGCCGUCGCGUCCACCCGGAGCGGGCCGGGCCGCCUGGGCACAGCCGCCGCGGCCAUGGGCGGCGCGGCCUCCAGCCAGCUGGACGAGGGCAAGUGCGCCUACAUCCGAGGGAAAACUGAGGCUGCUAUCAAAAACUUCAGCCCCUACUACAGUCGCCAGUACUCUGUGGCUUUCUGCAAUCAUGUGCGCAGUGAAGUAGAGCAGCAAAGAGAUUUGACGUCACAAUUUUUGAAGACCAAGCCACCAUUGGAGCCUGGAACUGUUUUGUAUGAAGCAGAGCUGUCACAGUUUGCUGAAGACAUAAGGAAAUGGAAGGACCGAUAUGUUGUGGUUAAAAAUGAUUUUGUUGUGGAGAGCUAUGAGAACAAAGAGGCCUACCAGAAAGGAGCUGCUCCUAAAAGCCGAAUUCUUCCAGCUGGGGGGAAGGUGCUAACCUCAGAAGAAGAAUAUAAUCUGUUAUCUGAUAAGCAUUUCCCAGACCCUCUGGCCUCCGGUGAGAAGGAGAACACCCAGCCCUUUGUGGCCAUGCCGAAGGAAUUCCCGGUGUACCUGUGGCAGCCCUUCCUCCGGCACGGCUACUUCUGCUUCUGCGAGGCUGCCGAGCAGAGGAGGUUCAGCGCCCUCCUGAGCGACUGCAUCCGGCACCUAAACCACGAUUACAUGAAGCAGACGACAUUUGAAGCCCAAGCCUUCUUGGAAGCCGUGCAAUUCUUCCGACAGGAGAAGGGUCACUAUGGCGCGUGGGAAAUGAUCACAGGAGAUGAAAUCCAGGUGCUGAGCAACCUGGUGAUGGAGGAGCUCCUGCCCACGCUUCAGACGGACCUGCUGCCCAAAAUGAGGGGGAAGAAGAACGACAGAAAGAGGACCUGGCUCUGUCUCCUCGAGGAGGCCUACAACCUGGUGCAGCAGCAGGUGUCGGAGGGAUUAAGUGCCUUGAAGGAAGAAUGCAGGGCUCUGACAAAGGGCCUGGAAGGCACGAUCCGUUCAGACAUGGAUCAGAUCGUGAACUCAAAGAACUUCUUAAUUGGAAAGAUCAAAGCGAUGGUGGCGCAGCCAGCAGAGAAGAGCUGCGUGGAGAGCGUGCAGCCGUUCCUGGCGUCCAUUCUGGAGGAGCUCAUGGGACCAGUGAGCUCGGGGUUCAGGGAGGUACGCGCACUCUUUGAGAAAGAAGUGGAUGAACUCAGCCAGAGCUUCCAGACCAGCAAAGACAGAGUCCAGCUAAAGGAGAAUCUAGACCGGCUUAUGAAUCUUCCACUGGAUUCUGUGAAGAUGGAACCUUGUUAUAUUAAAGUCGACCUGCUUCAGGAGCGCCUGCAGGAUCUCAAGAGCCGCUUCCGGUUCCCCCACGUUGACCUGGUGGUGCAGAGAACACAGAACUACAUGCAAGAGCUGAUGGAGAACGCAGCGUUCACUUUCGAGCAGCUGCUUGCCCCGCAUCUCCAAGGAGAGGAUUCCAAAGCCGCAGCCGCCAUCGAGAAGGUUAAGCUCCGAGUCUUAAAGCAAUAUGAUUAUGACAGCAGCACCAUCCGGAAGAAGAUAUUUCAAGAGGCGCUGGUUCAAAUCACACUUCCCACCGUGCAGAAGGCACUGGCAUCCACGUGCAAACCAGAGCUUCAGAAAUACGAGCAGUUCAUCUUUGCGGAUCACACCAACAUGAUCCACGUGGAAAAUGUCUAUGAGGAGAUUUUACACCAGAUCCUCCUUGAUGAAACCCUGAAAGUGAUAAAGGAAGCUGCGAGCCUGAAGAAACACAACUUAUUUGAAGACAACAUGGCCCUGCCCAGCGAGAGCGUGUCCAGCUUAACAGAUCUGAAAGUCCCCACGGGGUCCGGCCAGGCCAGCCCUGCCAGGGGGGCCUCUGCCGUCCCGCCGGGCGUGCUGGGCGGGGAGGCCCUGAGUAGCGAGGUCUUCCAGGAGGCGGAGGAGAAGGAGCCGGGGGCCCGGGGCGCGCCGGCCACGGGGGAAGGCCCUCCGCCCGGUGGGGCCGGGCAGGUGACUAUCUCCAGCACGGGCGGUCCCGUUGGGACUCGUGUGGCCGCAGAGGACACCGCGGGGCUCCCGGGCGCUGGCCCCUCAGAGCUGGAGUCCCGAGGGGCCCCGGAGGCCGAAGGGCGCGAGUCGGGCCCUGCCUCAGGCUCCCUGCAGGAGCUCAGGAAGCUGUUGACGGAGACGGUGGAGGUGCCCGCGGAAUCUGUCCUAGCAACUGACGAAGAUACGAACGAGGAGCCCCUCGGUCCCCAAGAAAAUGAGAAAGGAGCGGCGGAAACCCAAGUCUACACUGAGGCCCGUCAGGCGGCGGCCUCCCCUCAGGACGACCGCGAAGACGCGGAAGCCAGCGAGAGGGAGGCGCGUCCUCCUCCUGCGGAGGCCGAGGCCCCUGGCGGCGGGCUGGGGGGCUCCGCAGAGGGUCGCGGCCCCCUCGCCCCGCCGGCCUGCGCGGGGCUCCCCGAGGGUGGCCGCUGCCCAGGCCCCACGGAGGAGCCCGCAGGGGAGGCGUCCACACUGGCCGCCCCGGGGGCGGGAGAGGCCGAGAGUGCCUCGGCGGGAGAGGCCACGCUGCAGGAAGGUCGCGCGUUGGGUUCGGGCCCCGCCAGCCCCGGGGGCUGCCCGGCGUCUGAGGGACGGGCACGGGCGGGCGGGGAAGGCAGCCCCGGCCCGGCCGCCGCGGGCGCCAGCACAGAGGCGACCCCUGCCGCCCGCGCCCACGAGUGCCAGUGGGUGGUGGAGGACGCCGCCGCCCUCGAGUCUCCGGACGGGGACGGGAAGGAGGGAGCAGGCGCUCAGGAGAGCUCCCCAGAGCAGCCCUCCGAGUAGCGAAAGGGACGUUUGGCAGAAGUCUUUCUUUGGCAAAGCCAAUCAAAGGGUUACAGUGAUGGCCACACUUAGGGGUUGCGUGUGAGUUGUUACCAAAAAUUAAAAAAAAAAAGAUGUAUUAAUUAUUUCCUUAAUUUGAAAACUAAAAGCAGAGGAAAUGCACGCAGGGCGAGGCAAACCUUUGUGGAAUCUAACUGUCCUACCAUGCAUUGUUGCUUAAGUGUUUCAACAGGAAUUACAAAGGCAACGUCCAGCUUGGGCUGAGGGAGCCAGGGGUGUCUGAGGGGGAGUGGUAUCGCAGUGAAGACUGAGAAAGCAGUAAGAGCACGGUUUUCGAUACACUCUGCACAUUUCCGUGGUGCAAUAUUCUUAUGCACUUUAAGGCUUUUUAAUUUCGUAUAUGAAUACAAAUGUAUACUGCAACUCUAGCUGCACCAUCUACUAUGCCAACUUCACCGUCUCUUAAGAACUCAGCAUUUGUCCGCAGCCAGGCUGCACGAAAGAGGAGUUCAUGAGCAGUCACCCCUGCCGGGCACAGCCACACAGGGCCAAGUGUGCCCCACAGAUCCAGUGAAAAGCUGAACAGAAAUGGAGGGAGGAAGGUGUGGGCUGUGGGGUUGUCUGGCUUGUUACUAAUCCUGCUAUCACUUUCUUAUUAAUUAAUCUUGUUGAUUCGUAGGAAUUAAUCACCUUUUAAGAAAAUUCAGAUGAGGCAAGAAAAUCUCACUGGUGUGUGUGAGAGUGACAGCAUUCCAAAUUAGCCUUCCACUGUUAAGCAAAGGGCUUAACUAAGUUGUCAGGCUUAAAACCUGCCAGUUAAACAAACAUUGUUUGAACAGCCACUGCAUGCCACGUACUGUAUUGGGCUUAGGAAUUAAAAAAAAAAAAAAGAUAAGGUGCUUGUUCUAGUGCGCAUUAAAAGGCCCCAGGGAAUUUGAUCUAGAAGAGGAAACAUGCUAAUUUUCAAACUAUGACAGCUUUCUUUCUUUCCAUUCAAACAGUCCUGAUUCCUUCCCAGAAGGGAAUGAAAUGAAUAAAUAAGUAAAUGGAUUAUGACAAAGCCAAGGUAUAUACCAUCAAGUUCCAAAAUUGUUACCAAAAAUAGAAAUCAUUUGUUUGGUCAUUCAGCAAGUUAAUUGAGUCCCUGUCAGGUACCAAUCUCUAGGGAUACCAUAGCGAGAAAGACUCUGUUCUUUCCCCCUGGAACUUACAUGCUAAUGGAAAUAGACACAAAUACAUCUUCCAAAUUGAUCAUGACCUAUAACCAUUAAUGUUAAAGACAAAAUGGACUUACUUGUAGAAGAUGAAGAAGAGUGUUCUAUUUAUUAUGCUUCAGAAAAAUACCAGAUUAUUUCCCCAAAUUUUCAGUCCCAGGUACUGCAUCUUGAAGUUUCUUUCCACAGAUAUUAAUAUUACAUCCCAACAUAUUGUCCUAAGAGUUUGUUUUUAUCAUCACCAUCCAGUAAGUUUAUAUCAGUGCUUUAGAGAAUUUGCCCCAUAAUUCAACCAUUGAACAAGGAAUUAUAAUAUUGUCCUCCCCACCCCAUGAAGAAUUUUUUGAUUUCUAGGU